GGACCAGCUGGAAUUAGAGAUAGGGCUGAGAGAGACUCCUGCCUGCCACCUUGGAGAAGCCGCUGCCAGUCUGUGUAGACAAUACUGAGUGAGAUGGACCAGGGGUCUGACUCAGCAUAAGGCAGCUUCCUAUGUUCCUAUGGAACUUCCAGUUUUUCAAUGUCGGAAGUGACCUAUUUCACCCACAAGGGGAUCUUAUUCCCCAUUAACAUCUGCACCAGAGAAACCCUCCUCUAUGUGGAAAAUGAAUUCCAGUUGUUGGAUGAUGAUGUCGUGAAUGUCGUCUACCCUAAAUCAGGCACCAAUUGGAUGGCAGAGAUCUUGUGCUUGAUCCAUCAUAAGGGGGACCCCACAUGGGUACAGAAUGUGAGUCUCUGGGACCGGACACCCUGGAUUGAGACUGGUACAGGCAUGGAACAUGCCCUGAAAUAUCCUCCUCCCAGGCUCCUGAAUACUCACCUGCCAAUCCAGCUUUUCCCUAAGUCCAUUCUCCACUCUAAGGCCAAGAUUAUCUACACGGCACGAAAUCCCAAGGAUGUGUUGGUCUCAUUUUACCACUUCUCCAAAAGCCAACGAUAUUUGAAGGAUCCUGGAACUGUGGAAGAAUUCCUGGAGAAGUUCCUGAAUGGGAAAGUGACCUCUGGGUCCUGGUUUGACCAUGUGAAAGGCUGGAUGGAGAUGAAGGACAGAGCCAACUUCUUCUUCAUCACCUACGAAGAGCUGAAACAGGACUUGCGAGGAAGCGUGGAGAGGAUCUGUCACUUCCUUGGUAAGGAGCUGAACAGCCAGCAAAUUGACUCGGUGGUGGAAAAUGCUUCCUUCCACAAAAUGAAGGACAACAAGAUGUCCAACCUCUCCCUAUUACCUGACACUUUAAUGGACCACACCAAAGGAAAACUUAUGAGAAAAGGGAUUUGUGGGGACUGGAAGACCCACUUGACGGUGGCCCAGAGUGAACACUUUGACCGUGUUUAUCAGGAGAAAAUGCGGGAUGUGAAGAUGACCUUCCCGUGGGACUGACGAAUGCCAGAUGCUUCCUCCUGCUCUUCAGGAUCCUCACACUCUGUCCCAUCUGGAGCACAUUCAUUCUACCAGGAUCUGAUCCGGAAUAAGGCAACUUCCUAUGUUCCAGGGCUUCAGGCAGGGAUUUUUCUCAGCCGGGCCAGUGCUUUUUUGUGAUGGUACACACUGGUACAUGGAUCUAAUAUGUGGCACUGAAAAACAUCAUGAAACCACAGACUUCAACCUACAGCAAUAAAACUCCUUGAAAUAAAAUGUGCUUUUAUAUGAGCUCUGUUGAGCAGAGGUGCGCAGGGGUGUAUCUACGGUAGGGCAGGCAGGGCACAUGCCCCGGGCGCCACUUGAAGGGGGGCGCCAUUUUCUAAAAUUGGUUUUUUUAAAAAAAAUGGCUGCUGAAAACAAAAUGGCCACUGCACAUGCUCAAAUGGCAUCUGUGAGGCCCUAGGCCAUGCCAGGAUUCACAGAGGCCAUUUGAGCAUGCAUGGUGGUCAUUUUGUUCUCAGCAGCCAUUUAAAAAAAUAAAAAAAUGGCCACCGCACAUGCUCAAAUGGUCCCUUUGAGGCCCUAGAGGCCAGCAGGGAGAGGGGGGACCUUUGCAGGACCCCCCCCAGCCUUUAGGAAGCCCCCCGAAGGGGAUACAGGUUACAAAAAUUUGAUUUAAUAUAAUAUAAGUCAUUGUACACAUAUUUAGUUUGGCACUAUGUACAGAGAAUCAGAGCUUGUGAAUACUGAGCUGAAGCUUAUGAGCUAGGAUUGUAUUCAUUUCCUCUUACUUUGCUUCUUGUGAUAAGUGAGUUAAAUGUGAUGUCUUAAUAAUAUGACUAUUAAUGGUGAGUUUGUCUUUGAAUCAGUGUGGAAUCCUUAGUAUUAAGGCCCAUUGGGAGUUUCUUGCUCUCUUUCUCUCAUUUGAACUGUCUUUCUGAAAUACUAGAAUAUAUUCCAAGCAGUGACAGAGUUUACUCUGCAUAUACUUUAAUUAUUUUCAGAGUAUCUGGGAAAUGUCAAAUUCUCCAUUUAUUUUUACAACUCAUGUAAUAGUGAUGCUACAAUGCAUAGUAGAGAAUUAGACAGGCAAUUCUGUUUAGUUUUCCAAGUGUACCUCCACAUAGCUUUUGGGCAUUUCAUAAUCCCCAGCAUACUGAAAUUUGUAGUUUUCCAGCAUUUCUUUGGUCUGGCUACAUCCACUGCUAAAUAUUUUUUGAAAGAUUAAAAGAUUAACGAGCUU